AUGUCUUCCAGCGAACCCAGUUCGCCACAAGAUCUCAAAUUCCCACCGGUGCAGGUGAAUCACUCACUCACUAACGUGGUCGACCUUGAAACGCUCAUGAAGAGAUCAACCCAGCGCCGGGCGCCUGAGGAGGCAGCCAACUCCCUUGAAGAAAGCGGUUAUGAUCUACUCAGCGACAGUGUAAUGGAUAUGUCGGACGACGAGGCACAUACAGCGUCGAUUGCUUCCACCGACGGCCCCACGCCCGAUGAGUCGUCCGACGACUUCAGUGAUGAUGACGUCGAGUACGAUGCCGACGAGAGAGAACUACAAGAUAGCGUUUAUUCUUCGCACGCCGAUCGACCAGACGAACCAGUCAACCCACGUCCGGUCACGGCCUGGGAGGACUCCACGCUGACGGAGGUACCACCAUACCUCACUGCAAGUGAGAGUUCAUGGCAGAUCACAUUGGAGGAGCAGGCCACAGAUAAGACUGAUGCAAUUGAAGGAUGCAAGAUCAUCAAGAGCUCGGCGGAUUACACAGAUGAACUUCCACAGGUCUUCAGCCGCUAUGGCUGCGGAGAGGUCAGGCUAUCAGUCAAGGCUGCCUUGUCGCACCGCCCCCUCCCCACUCCAGACUCGUACCGCAUCAUGUAUAUCGGCAUGCCUGAAAAAUGGGCAGAAGACAUCACUACUGUCCAGAUUGGCACUGCACUCGGGGCAUGCCCAAGCGUCUCCAAGUCGGUCAUGGUACGCGGCCAGAUCGAGCCGUACGCCCCUGUCCCGCAGGUUGACCACGGUGUCAAAAUUGACAUCGCUGGACCGCCGGAGAAGCCGACACAUGUUCUCGUUACUUUAGAAGACGGUCAGAAAGUUAAGUUCGGGUCUGAUGUCACCCACUCCCUGAAUCGACCUGAUCUGGUCGUUGUGUGCUAUCGGUCGUUUCCUGACCCCGCUACUGACGGACAAGAUAUCGCAUCUGCUAGAAAAGUGUUUGAAGCUGCCAACAUUCCAUGCAUCGAUCUCGCCCAAGUCAUCCCUCAUGGCACCGCCUCUCGCCCAGACGAUUCAACGGCGUUGCGAGUGCGCGUAGAAGGGCGAGACGACCCUGACGCUGACUACGAGCUGAAAGCAGUACUGCCUCUUGACCAUCGCAGCUUCAGUCGACUUGAUCCAUAUCAACUGAACCGCCAUCUUGCACUCAUCAGUCCUCACCUUAUGAAAGCACAAGAUGCAGAAGAUGAUAAGAAAUCAAGAACAUCGUGGAUGGGUGGAAAGGUCAAGACGUUGAAGAAGAAGGUCACCCCACAGGGUUACAUGAUGAGGACGCUAGUAUCUGCAUUGGUUCUUUGUGUCUUGGUGCCCGCUCUUUUUCACGGCGCAGUAUUUGCUCCCGUGCUUUUCCAAAAGGGUCUUCAGAGCAUAUCGACAGUAUCGGUCCUGCCCGAAGUUGUGAGCAACGCAUCCACCAGCGCCCCGGUAGCAGCAACACCUUCUGUUGCGGUACCUCCACGUAUCACUUCUUCCGUCCCAGCGGCACUUUUGGUGGUACCCAAGCAGCCCAAGCGAAUUCUGAAAUCCAAGGACAAGAACGUUGCAGGUUUUGAGAUUGAGACUACUGCGGAGCAUCAGUUCGUACUGCGUCCCUCAAAGGCUUUCACAUCGAGCCGUAAGAGGCCGCAACUUCAGAUUCAAGUUUCGCGUCAAUCCCAGGUGGUCCCAGUUCGUUACAAUCGGACCGUCAGUGGCGAAUAUAUCGUCGAUCUCGAACAACAGUAUGCAUUCGACACGUUCAAUGUCAGUAUUGCAACUCACUCGAAGCCACUCCUCCGACAGUCAUUCGAGGUCAUGUUGGGAUACAACAUGUCGACACUAGAGCAAUUUCUCGUCACUGUCAAAUCUGGUAUAUCCAACACCCAACACACCCUGUGGGACGUUUCAGGCAGUACAGCACAUCAUAUGCGGGCAUACAUGGAUGCCAAUGUCAUGGCCGCUUCAGAGCAGCUCCGUAACAUGCAGCAAACUAUCCAGCGCCGUCUGGAACUGGAUGCUCAUUUGGCGAAGAAGGUGCCCAAAGCAGCAUGGGUGGGCUUGAGAGAGGUAACAGCACCGGUACGAACGUCAUCGGCGAUGAAGAGGGCCAGGAUGAAUGCGCUUCGGGUCAGGUGCAAGAUAGAGAUGGCUGCCGGACUAUCUGCCAAGGAUGGCGAAGGGAAGCAGAGUUGGGCUUGUUCGAAGGUGCAAGAGGAAGUAUAA